UUUUGUCAUUAUCAUCUAUUUCACUAUAUAUAUUCUUUGCAAGAUAACUUUGCCGUAAAUAAAAAUCACUACAUCGUCAUUCACCACAUCGUGUUCCCGAUCGGCCACUUUGCUCCGCAAAGAGGCUGCGAGACGGUAACGUCAACACCCGGAACGGAUCGUGAAUGGCCAGUUCGAAAGCAACAUCCCCAGCACUGCAAUCAUCAGCUGUACCCCUCCAUCACGAAGAUAUCUAGCGUCCGAAUUCAUUAUUGUCCACAUCCCACCCAAAUCCGACAUAAACAUUUGCAGGAAAUGGCGUCCGAAGUUCAAGCUGAUAAUGCCAUACGCUUCUACGAGUCACGAUCCUACAACUACGACGAUACCUGGCACGUGGAUUUCACGAAACGCUUCAUCUCCUUGAUUACUGUCGAGCCAGGCCACAAUGUUCUCGAUCUCGCCUGUGGAACCGGGCUCCUCACUUUCCUGGAAUCAGAAGCAGUGGGGCCAACAGGACAUGUGAUCGGAGUAGACGUGACACCAGGAAUGCUCAACAUAGCAGCGCACAAGAAACGGCAAGCCGGUAACAAAUACGAAAAUGUGAGUUUCCUGCAGGGCGACAUCUCACAUCUGGAUCGAAUCCAAGGCUUGGAAGGGAAGACGUUCGACGUUAUCACUGUGGCGUCUGCUCUGGUGCUUUUCCCGGAUCCUAAGGCAGUGAUUGAGCAUUGGGCCCAGUACCUCAAGCCUGGAGGCAUUUUGGCAUUGGAUUCGACGCAUCCUAGAAAUCUGGUCUCUGGCAUGGUGCUGGAGCGGACAGCACGGCGACUGAAUCUUGCUGUGCCGUACAACCGAGAAUGGAGUCAAUCCGAGUCAACACUGAAGAACGUUGUGGAGUCAGCUGGACUUGAGGUUGAGAAGGUGGUGACUUGCGAGAACCAAGCAGGAUACGGGAAGCGCUUCCACGACGUCGAUACUUGGGACGACCAUUUCGUGGAGAAUGUUAUUAUGAAGGACGUAACAAGAACUUUUGCUACCAACGAAAUCAGGAAACAGGCGCAAGGAAUCUUCAAAGAAGAAUGGGAGCGACUAUCUGUAGACGGCAAGGUCGAAGAAGUUGACGCCGUUUUUCUAGCCAUAGCGCGAAAAUCUGCCGACGGGUCCCGAUACAUCUCUACGUCUGCAAACAAAGACAUCGUUUUCACUGGAGGAUGUCGCUGCGGGAGCGUUCAGUACAAGUGCACAGCCCAACCAUCUGAGCUCACGUUCUGCCACUGUAGGACUUGUCAACAGGUCUCCGGAAGUGCAUUUCUACCUUUCAUCGAGGUUCCUACGGAGAGUUUGGAGUUCACUUCGACCAUGACUCUGAAGAAGCUGGUUCUUUCGUCCAAGUCAGACAGGAGUUUCUGCACAGGCUGCGGAGCCCCCAUCAGCAUGAUUUUUCGUUCCAACCCUGAAGAAACCAGCCUGACGAUGAGUUCAGUGGAUCAGGAUUCGUUUAAGGGCACGAUGCCCAAAGUAAAAAAACACAUAUAUCUGGAAGAAAAAGCGCCGUGGAUGGUACUUCCAGAAGAUGGUGCAUCCCGUUCGCAGCGGGUCGAGCUGCUAAAUACCUCGGAUACUUGAACAAGGAAUCGGACGUUACCAUUGCG